AUGCGAAGAUUCUUUACCCCCUCGAGCUUCCGGACCUUCUUCACGACCUCAGUACCCUCUCGGACGUUCUUCACAUCAUCUAUACCUCCCACACAAGUGCAAGGACUCCGCUCAGCACCUCUACGAAAUGCCCUCCUCCACUUCCGCUCCCAGCGAUCCACCGUCACACGCCGCUUACGCUUCCUUCGAAACAAGACCGACAAGGCAACAGAAUCUCAGGUCACAAAUGCCGCAAAGGGUGCAGAAACCCCGGAGGCCCCGCUAUCCUUCUCCCAAAGGAUGAAGAAACUAUCUAAGGAGUAUGGCUGGACGGCGUUGGCCGUGUACAUGGCGCUGUCGGUGCUGGACUUCCCUCUCUGCUUCCUCGCGGUGCGGUCAUUGGGCACGGAGCGCAUAGGACAUUAUGAGCAUGUGGUAGUACAAUGGUUCAAGAGCAUGCUGGGUUUCGCAACAGAGAAGGAGGGAGGAUUGAAGGGGGGUGUGGCAGCGGAAGAAACCGCUCGGGAAGAGGAAAUCGGCUGGGUUGGAGACAUAGAAGAGGCUGAGGCAGCCAAUCGCGGUGCUACAGCAUCUAUCUGGACCGAGCUCGCACUAGCCUACGCGAUACACAAGUCCUUCAUCUUCAUCCGGGUUCCAGCCACCGCCGCCAUUCUGCCCAAGGUAGUAAAGAUGCUGAGGAAACGUGGCUGGGAGAUUGGCAAACGCAAGCCCAAGCCUUGA